CUACGAAGCUCCAUAAGGUUUAAGGUCUAUUCGUGUACCUUGUCUAUGGUAUGCAGCUGUUGGUUCGAAGUUCGAACAUCAAACAAUUCGACAGAAGUAUCGCGCCUGUCUAUUACUUUACAAUGUGGCAACUCUUGGGUAGAGUUUUAGGUAGAUAUGGCACUAAAAUACAACUCCCUAUUGUUUGUGUUAUUGGCUUUAUUGGGUAUCAUAUCGAAGGAUGGUUAUCUGAUCGUUAUACACCCAUGGCUAUGCCAGUAAAACAGCAACGCGAUGAAAGGCUAUUGGAGGACAUAGAUUCUACACCAGGCAAAAAAGGACACCGACCGUUGGAAAUUAAUUUACCCCCCUCAUUAUCCAUGUUAAUGUAGAUUACAUCAAGUUAUUACAAUAUAGUUGGUGCAAAACUCAGUGUCAAGUUAGUAUGCAAGAAUAUGCAUAGGUUGUCUAGAUUAGUACACCAAAUUUAUAAAUAACAAUAUGGCGAUAGUGUUCCCCAGGUUCAAGUAUACUAUUUGGAAAGUUUUCCUGCAAAAGUUAAAAAAAAAACAUUGAGACAAUGUAACCAUAGAUCUCUGCUAAAUUUCA